GGGUUUGGGCUCGCUGCGUUUUUCAUAAUAGUUGGCAACAUUCUAACAAUGGUGGCCUUCUUUAGUUGCAAGAAGCUCUUCCACAUUCGUGCAAGCUUUUUCCUGAUCAACCUAGCAAUCGCUGAUUUACUUGUGGGUGCAGUUACAGUCCCUAUGUAUAUUGUCCUACUGUGCUAUCACCUGGAUAACGUCACAUAUCAAAGCAUUUAUACUGCUGUGGACAUUGCUUCAGGCUUUGCUUCGAUUUUUACAUUAACAGCCAUUGGUUUGGAGCGCCUUUACGCUUUUUGCCGGCCGCUUCGUCACCGUACCGUCUUCACGGACUCAAAAUACCUGCUGAUUAUUGGAGUGGUCUGGAUCUUGGCUUUCAUAGUCACCAUUUUACACCUUCUGUUUAAAUUUCGCGUCAUUAACUAUGACGUUUUCUUCUAUGUGAUGAUGUCAUCAUUGAGUUCAUGCUUGUUUUUUAUGUGUGUGUCAUACACAGGUAUUUGGAUCAGGGUUAGGUUUUAUUACAGUUCGCAACAUCGUCCAUCAGCGUCUGACAGGAAGGUAGCUAGGAUGCUUUUGAUCAUAACCUUAACCUUCAUUGUCACGUGGUUACCUUUUCAUUUGUUAAACAUAAUCAAUUUCUUCUGUAACCUUUGUUUCACCCAUAAGUUGCCACACGAUAUCCUAUUUUUCUGUAAGUUUCUUCAUUAUGCCAACUCGUUUUUGAAUCCAAUUAUUUAUUCAUUUCAAAUGCCCGACUUCAGAAUAGCCCUGGGUAGAUUACUUUGUAGAGAAUCAUACUCUGCGGAGGCUCUCCCAGAGGGACCCAGGAUAGAUCAUGAAGAGAUACCAUUAAAUAAUAUGGGAGAAACUAAAGAACAGAACAUCUCCGGAUUUUAG